AAUCCAACUUUAAAUUUCAAACCUCAUUCCUCUGCCUUCUCCCAUCCUCUCAAAUCUCUUUCUUUCUCUUUCCCAAUCACCCAUUCUUGUUCAUCAAUCAUCAAAAUCUCAAAAUCUUUUUUUCUUUCUUUGCAGAGAAGAAUAAAAAAUAAAAAGAAAAGAAAAUAAAAAAGACCCUCCAACACAAAAAGGGACAAUAUACCAUCACCACCAACAAGAACCAAUCCCCUCCCAAGAAAACCAUGAGAUUCCACAUGAAUAGUAGUGUAUAACCCUUCAUAUCCAGGCACUCUUUUCUUUGUUUCCCCAAUCUUUAACGCCACAUUCAUUAUUUGUUCUUGAAAGAAGAAACAAGAAAGAACACAUUCAUCAAAUGUUAUCUGAAAAGAAUCAAAUCUUUGUUUGAUAUAUUGAUCCCUAGCCCCAGUUUGUGGUUUGAGGAUAACUCCAAGAAAAUCGUCAGAUUGGACAAGAAACAGGGGAAUUUCCAAGUGGGCGCUUCUCAAAUCUCCAGGAUUUUCAGUGGAUUAUGUUACACAUGAAGCACAUUGACAACACCCCAUCAACCCCAGGAAAGUUCAAGAUGGAGAAGUCUGCAUACAAUAGGCUGAGGCUGCAUUCUUCCCUGGCCAAGCUCACUUUCUGGUCUUUUGUUUUUCUUGGCCUGAUCUUUGUUUUCUUUUUUAGAUCACCCUCUUCAUCAUCCCAUGUUCCCUCAGAUCUCUCUAGGAGGUCUCUCAGAAGCUCCUAUGGAGGUCCAAACUUUGAGAAAAGGGUUAGAGCCUCAGCUAAAAUCAGGUCAAGAAAUGGGAUUUCCGUUUUAGUAACAGGGGCUGCUGGUUUUGUUGGCAGUCAUGUCUCCGCAGCCCUUAAACGGCGGGGCGAUGGUGUUUUGGGGAUAGAUAAUUUCAACAACUAUUAUGACCCCUCCCUCAAAAGGGCUAGACAAGCGCUAUUAGAGCGUAGCGGGGUGUAUAUUGUGGAGGGUGAUAUUAAUGAUUCUGCUUUGUUGAAGAAGCUUUUCGAUAUCGUCCCGUUUACUCAUGUUAUGCAUCUUGCGGCUCAGGCCGGUGUGCGAUAUGCUAUGGAGAAUCCUAGCUCAUAUGUGCAUAGUAACAUUGCCGGCCUUGUUAACCUUCUUGAAGCUUGCAAGAAUGCCAAUCCUCAGCCCACCAUUGUGUGGGCAUCGAGUAGUUCUGUAUACGGAUUGAAUACAAAGGUGCCGUUUUCUGAGAGAGACAGAACUGAUCAGCCUGCUAGUUUGUAUGCUGCAACUAAGAAGGCUGGUGAGGAAAUUGCUCAUACUUAUAACCACAUAUAUGGGCUUUCGCUUACUGGAUUGAGAUUCUUCACGGUUUAUGGACCUUGGGGUAGGCCAGAUAUGGCAUACUUCUUUUUUACCAGGGAUAUUUUGAAAGGGAAGUCGAUUCCAAUCUUUGAGGCAGCUAACCAUGGCACAGUGGCCCGGGAUUUUACAUACAUUGACGAUAUAGUGAAAGGUUGUUUAGCUGCGUUGGAUACUGCAGAGAAGAGUACUGGCAGUGGUGGCAAGAAGAAGGGCCCAGCUCAAUUACGGGUCUAUAAUUUGGGAAAUACGUCGCCUGUGCCCGUGUCAGAUCUUGUGAGCAUUUUGGAGAAAUUGCUCAAGGUGAAGGCGAAGAGGUUGGUUAUGAAGUUGCCAAGGAAUGGGGAUGUGCAAUUUACUCAUGCCAACAUAAGUUCAGCUCAGAGAGAGCUUGGAUAUAAGCCGACAACGGAUUUGAAGACAGGGUUGAAGAAAUUUGUUGAAUGGUAUCUCGGUUACUAUGUUGAAGGGAAGAAGAGCGCACAGUGAUUCGGUUUCUUUCAAUUGUGCGGUAGAAUCGUUCUAUUCUUGUUCUUUUUGAUUCUUGUGAUUGAUUUUUAACCUAUUUUGCUCGUCUUCCCAAUUGUCUUGCUUUCAUAUAUCUUGAUGAUCCCAUUUAAGGAUGAAUUUCCUGAUCCCAUGAUGAAGAAUUUUUUUUUUUGGUUGGUGGACAUUGAUUCCCCUGAUGUUCUCAUCUGCAUCAAAGGACAAACCAACUCCAGUCUCUCAUGGGAUUGUAAUUGUUGUAUUUUUAUCGUUUGUAGAAUUUAUGACUGAUAGAUAUUACUGAUUUGGUGGACCCUGUAUCAUCUGAAUCCCGAUUCAAAUAAAAAUAGCUCAUGGUAGUUUGGCUA